GUAUGAUUUGCCGUGUGGCUUUCCGUGUGCUCUCCCGCAUGGUCUCCCGUGGGUUCUGCCUCCCCCCAUAGCCGCUUUGGCUCAAGGUCUCAAGCCUGCGUAUUGGAUCCUCCUGCACGAGCUAUGGCUCCUGUCACACAGCCACUCCUUCAUGCCGUUGCGGCCCUCGGACUGCUGACGGCGUGGGCCCCGCUGGCCCACGGCAUCGCCUUCAAGUCGGAGGCAUCGCGGAAGGCCGACCGCAAGAUCACGAACGCCGAGGGCCGCGCCGCGGCCUUGGUGGCAAGGGUCGCGCAGUACGAGCGCGCCAUUGAGGCCCGCGCGAACGCGUCCAAGGGGCCCCUGCUUGUGCCACCGGAUUUCUCGAGGCCGAGGACUGGCCGCGCGAGCCUCCUGGGCGUCGACUCGAGCCAGGGCCUCGCGGGGGGCGGGGAGUUCCAGCCCUCGGAGGAGUUCCAGAGGGCCGGCCAGGAGAGCGGCGACGCCGCCGUGCUGCCGUGGGGCGUGGGGACACCCCGCGGGGGUGACAGCUGGGUGGAGCACCAGUACUCGGCCAUGCACAUGCUCGACGUCCCCCACUGGGUCGAGUACAGCCUGGAGAUUCACCGGGGACAACAUCCAGACCUUCUGCAACGCUUGGCAGGACGUCAAGCUCAUCACGCAGGUGCUCGAGAACGUCACCAACGGCUUUUACCUGGACACCCACGGCGGGGAUGGCGAGACGCACAGUUACACGCUCCUGCUCGAGCUCACUGGAUGGCGCGGCCUCAUCCUGGAGCCUCAGGUGUACGAGUUCGCGACGUUGUGGGGCAAGAUGCGGAAGGCGUGGAUAUUCCUCGGGUGCCUAUCUCCGACAGGGAACGCCACGAAGCUCGGCUUCGACACCCAAGGCGUACUCGACAUGUUGAGCGGUCACCAGAUCCACGCCUACAACUUGCCCACCUUCAUGGAAGAGCUGGGCGGUCGCAAGACUAUCGACUUUUGGGCCGUCCACAACGGUCAUUAUGAGGCAGAGGUCCUGAAUGAGACCUUCUUUUACUCUGGAAAGAACAUCGAGUUUGGGGUCGUCUUGGUCCGCUUCGAUGGUCGUCGGUCUGGUCGUGGUUACCAGUGGUUCGCUCAGCACAGGUCCAAGGACGAAACUGAAGAGCUCAUCUUUGAGAUCAUGCACAACGCCUCCUUUAACUACAUCGGUGGCCUGGACGCGUAUUGGAUCAACUACGUCGAGCCACGCUUCCAUUACAAUGACCACGUGUGGGUGAACCCCGCGUACUUCGAGAAGCGUGGCCUCCCGGUCCCCACGUGGUGCAAGUCGGCGCCCCCGCCCGCGCUGAGGUACCCCCGCCAAGGCCACCUCGACGUCCCUGGACUGGACAACCUUGAGAAGUGGACAGGCUCGGGAGGUUCCCCAGGGCCGCACGUGUAUGGACAUGCAACCGACAAGAAGGCGGACGCCAUCCCUUUUGGAUACGGAACCCCUGGAAUACCCUAUGGGCCGUCCUCGCGCAACCCCUGGGGCAUCGACCAUCAGGAGUACGACAACCCCGCGUACAUGUCCCUGGGGGGGAGCAACCCGACGAUCCCGGGGCCAGAGGGAGGAGGGGGGACCUGGGACCCCCGCUGGAAUUGGGACGCGGGCUACACCUACGAGGAGGAGACCAGCAAGGUGAUCGCCUACAUAGCGAAGGCGAAGGAGGACGCCGCGGCCACGGAGCCGGUGGCCAAGGCCCACCGCGUGGCGUACAACCGUCUGAUGUCGGUGGAGGGCCGCUGAAAGCGCCCGCCCGCCUGUGCCGCUGGCCACCCCAGCGGCGUGCUGGCCUGACUAUGCCUGCGGGGCUCGCCUCGUCUCGGGGUGGCGUAGUCUCCUGGGUGUCUGCUUACCUUUUAUGAUUUAUCCAAGAGCUCCAAGCG